UAACAUUCCCCCUGUACCUAGGCCUGCUACUGACACUGCUGGGCCAUCUAAACAAGGCAGACAGAGGGAAUUGGAUGAGGCUCUUGUAGACAUGGUGGUAAAGGAUUUGCAGCCCUUCACUAUCGUGGAGGAUGAGGGUUUCAUGGCUUUUGUGAACAAACUUGAUCCAAGCUAUGUCCUCCCAUCCCGGAAGGCACUUAAAACGAUGGUAACCGAAAGGUACAACAUUUCUAAGGAGAAGACAAUGGAGGACCUAAAAAAGGCAGAUUUUGUUAGCCUUACAGCUGACAUGUGGUCCUCCAUUAAUAUGGACGGAUACCUUGGUGUUACUUGCCACUACAUAACACCAGAGGCAAAGCUGGCAACUGUUGUACUGGGUGUAAGGAGGUUUUACCAAACACACACAGCCCAGCAUCUCAUGGAGGCUAAAGCUUUGCUAAUGGCUGAGUGGGGAAUAACCACCAAAGUUCAGUGUAUGGUGACUGAUAAUGCAUCCAACAUGAUCUUAAGUGCCCAGCUACUGAACCUUCGGCAUGUCCCAUGUUUUGCCCACAAUUUAAAUUUAAUUGUAAAAAAGGCCCUAGAUCAAACCCCACUCAUCAAUGAAAUACGACAGAAAGCCAGAAAGAUAGUGGGGUUAUUUAGAUCCAGCUGCAAAGCAAAGGACAAGCUUGUGGAGAUGCAGGGCUUGAUGGGCAGACCAGCUCUGAAACUGAUGCAGGAGGUGGACACAAGAUGGAACAGCACUUACGACAUGUUGCAGCGCUUGUAUGAGCAACGAGAGCCAGUGGGUGCAGCGCUAUCAAAUUUAAACAGUGAUACUGCUCCGCUGACAAGUUUUGAGUAUAACAUUAUACAAGAAUCGUUGUCACUACUGCAGCCUUUCAAACUCGCAACGACAGAGUUGUCAGAGGAACAGAGAGUGUCUGCUUCAAAGCUCAUACCACUUUACAGGAUGUUGCAGCACAAGCUAUCGCAGAAAAAAGGCCAAUCAGCACAGGAAUCAACUGCACAAUUAGGUAGGCCACAAUGA